GUUCGAUGUCUCCCGAGCGACGAAGAUUCUACGUCAUUCGGCCAAUCAUGUUCCAUAACCGCAGCCCAGCCCCCGCUGACCUUGAACGUGAUUGGCCGGACGACGUAGAAUCUUUGCCGUCCGAAAGACAUCGAACGCGGGGCAUAUGUCUUAUGAAGCGAUGUUUAAUGUCAAAUGUUAGCCUAGUUCAAGAUUCUUGGCCUAGGUUAUCUUUGUUUUCUUAUUGCUCGAUUCCUGGCUCGAAACAGUAAAAGAUAAAUUUGUCCUUGAAUCGGUGCAGCGGCGCAGAGUCAGAGUGGGCUCAUGGCUUUUGUGACAGGAACCCGCCAGCUGAGGGUACAUCAUGCUGGAUACUUGUAUGUGCGUGAUUACUACAAGGAGAGCUGUGACUCAACCUACUACAAGUGCUCGCUGGCAUCACAUUCUACAAGGAAGUGUCAUGGCCGGGGUAAAGUACGGGGCGCAAUUUAUGUGAAUGAGUUUGAGGUCACUCGAGAACACAACCAUGAGGCUGAUGUGCGUUAUAUGGAGAAUGGGACGACCAGAACAGUCAUGAAACAAAUGGCAGAGAUAAAAGAGGAGUCUGUGAACAAGAUCAUGGUGACCACUCAGCAGCAGCUGUCUCAGUCUAAGUCUGAUGCCACCCAAGCUGAAUCUGUCUUGCCGAGAACCUCUGACCGCAUCCGUCACUCCAAGUCCAGGCAGCAGUGUGAUUUGUCUGCAAACACUGGCAAUGAUGCUGUCUGGCAGUCUGAGUGGCAGAGCUGGAUGAAUGCUGCAGAAGCUGAUGUUCUGGAUGUUUGCUGCAAGACUGUGACCGGUCAGCUGCACAAGUCCCGGCUCGGCUCGGGGGGCCGCGGACGCUGCAUUCAGCGUCAUGGCGAGUGGCUUACCCCCACCGAGUUCGAGGCGCUCAGCGGGCGGGCGCAGAGCAAGGACUGGCGGCGCAGCAUACGGUUCGAAGGAAGGAGCCUGCAGUCCGUGAUUGACGCCGGUCUGCUGCUGCCACACGCCGCCAGCUGCGCGUGUGCCAUCUGUUCCGACGACCCGGCCGUGUCGGCGCCGGUGCGACUGUUCACCCCGUAUCGGAAGAGAAAGUUCCGCGCGGCACUCGGCUCCUCGUCGCCGCCCCCAGCUGAGCCGACCUCUGACGCCGCUGGUGGACUGGACCUGCCUGACUCGGGCCCUGAUGAGACGGAGCUAGCGGAAGAGAUCAGCGCCCUGCCUCCUGACCGCAUGUGGGAGAGACUGGAAGAGAUGUCCUGGUCGGUGCUGCGCCAGGCUCUCACUCUGAAGCAGAUUAUCAGGACCUGUCGCGAGCGGCAGGCGUCCACCGCUACCUCCAACGCUAACGGAAGUGGGGCCGGGGCAGAGGAGAGGAGCUCAGCUCCCACACCCUGCUGCGUCCAGCCGGCCAACGAACACACCAUGUGCUCCAACUGUAACCGUCCGCCGGAGCUGGAGUGUGGCGCGUGCCACAGCGCCACCUACUGUUCCACGUUCUGCUGCCAGAAGGACUGGGAGAGCCACAGGGGCGGCUGCCGCCCGGCUGAACCCGCCCCCGCCCCCGCCACCGCCCCCGCCCCCGCCACGGCAGAGGAGAGCACCGCAGCACCGCCCACAGUCAUGUACAUAGUGGCUAACGGCACUGAGCACGUCGUCACCGUGUCUCAGACGUAGUGCUUGAGGUGAGGACUCGGUGAGGAGUCGGAUAAUGGAUGAGGACUCCUGGACUCCAUGUGAACUCAGUGAAGUCUGUGAGGACUCGGUGAGGAGUCGGAGAAUGCAUGAGGACUCCUGGACUCAGUGAGGGGUCAGUGGACUCUGUGAGGACUCUUGGAGGACUCUUGGACUCAAUGGUCAGCCAAGUGAGGGCUCGGUGAGGAUUGGAUGGAGACUGACUGGCGUGGACCUAGUGAGCGCUCAAUGAGAGCUAAUUGAGGAGUGAGUAAGGUGUCCUUCUGAAGCUACAGUGUGCUUGGUGGACGGGGUCCCUGCUGCAGACAAUGCUGUCAAAACUGAACUCACUUUAUCAUUGCAUCACGCUGAACACAUUUCAGUUGGGGAAACUACGAGGCGCCGAACUAAAAUUUGGUCAGCCAAUCAACGGCUGGAGUGGCGGGGGCGAUGACCAUAUAUGGUCAUAAAAUCAGAAAUCUUCAUCUUUUCCAUGCAUCCUAGCAUUCAAAUGAAAAAAUAAGGCAUAAAAUGUGUUUUUAACCACACAAGGCCUACACUCACUCGGUGCACGAUGCACUUGCGGCUCUAAAUUGCAGAGUUACAAUACAAGGUCAAACAGUGAUUGGCAAAUAUGGCAGAUUGAAACAGACGCGCCAAAAAUUGUAAUCAGCACCGUGGUUUUAAAAUGUCAGGUUUUUAUUAUUUUGUAUGUUUUUUUUUUCAAUCGUGGUCAAAUCAUUAUUUUAAAAUUAAAUAUAUUUUUUAUUGUAAUGAAAUUAAAUCUUAACCAUUUUCUUUCAAAAUACCGAUCUAUUUAUGGAAUGGCAAGCUGAUUGUGACGCCGGGAUCCUGCAGAAAAGCCGUUUUCCUAUCGCCAUUUUUGAGUGAAUUCGUCGAAUUUAAUCGAAUCGCGUCAAUUCCUAGUGGAAAAUGGAAGCCUUUUCUCUGCGAUAAGUGGGCGCGAUACCGCAAGUACCGGCACGUUAUACCGUUUAUCACCCGUAGAAGCGAGGGCUGCAUUUAUGCCCAUAUAUGGUCAUCAUAAGUCUAUUUAUUGACCGAUCAAUUUUUGGAUCUUCGCCUCGUAGUUUUCCCAACUGAUUUGCCUGUGGCACUGUGUCACCUGCAUCUUUGACUUCGUGUUUUCGUGUUGCACAUUGCUUUUUUGUGGUAUCGUGUUGCAAGGUGUACCAAGUGGAGCUUGGGACAUCCGCAACUAUGGUAUCGCUUAAUAUAUUUGUAUAUAAUAAAGUAAGUGUUACAA